UUUUCUGGAAAACUGACAUCUUAAGAGUUACCCCCCAAAACACGGAUUCUUGUCCUUGUUCAUUUGUUGUGGUAUUGUUGCUUGAAAAGGUGAUGAAAAAUUCAAUGAUGCAAUGGUACUUUUUGUCGGCUGAAAACCAUACACAUCAUGCGUCGGAGAAUCAUGAAUUGAUUCUUAAUGGUUCGAUUCUAGAGAUGAACCAAAACAUGGCCUUGACCUUGCUUCCGGUGGUCAUAUACGUCACAAUCAUAAUGAUACUCGGAAUCGUGGGUAAUUUUGUCGUAUGCUACAUUUACUUUUUCAGAUGGAAGAAGAAAACUGUGAAAUAUUUUAUUGGAUUCUUAGCAGCAUACGACUUAGUAGCUUCUGUAAUUUGUAUGCCCAUUGAGAUAGCAAUGCUUCAAAACCCCGUGACCCUAGAUGAUGCAAACCUCUGUAGAUUCGUGCGAUUUACUCGUUCUGUGACGUCACUGGGAGCCGGAUUAAUGCUAGUGGUGAUUGCAGUUGACCGAUACAUGAAAAUCUGCAGGAUGACAAGUAGACAUAUUAAGAUUCCUUUCGCAAAGAAAUUAUGUGUGUCAACAGCAGUAAUUGCUUUGUUAUUUUCGUGGCCAUGCCUCAUCAUAUUCGGCCAGACCAACAGAAUAAAAUCCCCCAUUGCAGAGACAGCAUGUUCCAUCGACAGAGGAUAUUCGGACACGCCUUAUCCGACAUUGUACUACGGCAUGGUUUCUGUUCUCUUUCUGAUAAUAUCAUUGUGUCUGCUCAUAUUUUACUCUUUAGUCUUGAACAAAUUGUGCAAACAUUCAGCUACAGGAAUAAGAAAAAGUAAAUUUACCCUUGAGAGUAACAGUAAUAAUGUAUCAUCCUCUCCAGAAAGUUUUCAAAAUGAUUCUUCUUAUCUCAGUAUAGAAACUAAAGAUUGCCCGUCUCCUGUUGAUCAAAAUUCUGAAAAAUUUCUCAAAACAAACACCAAUGCAAAUGUUUCUACUCUAAAUCGACCUUCCACUCAAAUUCGAAUGAAAAGAACUACGUUUAUGUUGUUGUUAAUUACACUCAUACACUGGGUGAGUUACUUUCCCUAUUUCGGUUUGCUUCUUGUUAAGACGUUUAAUACCCAGUUCUUGCAAACUAUGUCCACUAAUGACCAAGUCCUCUACAAUCUCGGAAUACUGUCUCAUUUCCUCAGUAGUGGAAUCAACCCCUUUGUGUAUGGAUUUUUUAGCCAAGAUUUUCGUAAAGAGCUUCAAAGGGCUAUUCUAACAAUAAAAGAUAAAAUAGCAUGUUAAGUUCCUUCAGCAAGAUUUUGCAGGAGGAUUACAAUUAAAUAUAUUCAAUAGUAAGAAUUUUUCAGAAUAUUAUUUCAGUUAUUUUACGUUUGUAACAGGAGAAAGUUGUUAUCAACCAUAUGCAAAAGAGAGCAACCAACGCUGAAGUAUCUG